CCCGCCCUCUGCCCGGCGGCACCUCCCGCGCGCGCAGACCCGGAGCGCGGCCGCGGCGAAGAUGGCGACCGCCAUGUACUUGGAGCACUACCUGGACAGUAUCGAGAACCUUCCCUGUGAGCUCCAGAGGAACUUCCAGCUGAUGAGAGAGCUGGACCAGAGGACAGAAGAUAAGAAAGCGGAGAUUGACCUCCUGGCUGCAGAGUACAUCUCCACGGUGAAGGCGCUGUCCGCAGACCAGCGCGUGGACCACCUGCAGAAGAUCCAGAGCGCCUACAGCAAGUGCAGGGAGUACAGUGACGACAAAGUGCAGCUGGCCAUGCAGACCUACGAGAUGGUGGAUAAGCACAUCCGAAGGUUGGACGCUGACCUGGCACGCUUUGAAGCUGACCUCAAGGACAAGAUGGAGGGCAGUGACUUUGAAAGCCCCGGAGGACGGGGACUAAAAAAAGGUCGUGGUCAGAAAGAAAAAAGAGGCUCACGGGGUCGUGGCCGGAGAACCUCGGAAGAAGACACCCCGAAGAAGAAGAAGCACAAAGGGGGGUCCGAGUUCUCUGACACUCUCCUCUCUGUGCACCCCUCGGAUGUGCUGGACAUGCCUGUGGACCCCAACGAGCCCACCUACUGCCUGUGCCACCAGGUGUCCUACGGGGAGAUGAUUGGCUGUGACAACCCAGAUUGCCCGAUCGAGUGGUUUCACUUUGCCUGUGUGGACCUGACCACGAAACCCAAAGGAAAAUGGUUCUGUCCAAGGUGUGUUCAGGAAAGGAGGAAGAAGAAGUAAGGAGGAGGCUGAGUGCGCACAGAAGAGCAAGUUAAUAUAUUCCUUCAUGUUGCAAUAUUUCAUCUUCAUUUUAAACUACCUUGUUUCUGAUGAUACUUAGUAAUUCAAUGGCCAGUUGUAAUUCUGGAAAUUUCCCAGGACAGACACGAGUCCACCUGAUCCCUGUCUACACUGCACAGCUGUCCCAGGUCCCCCGGGGCCCCUGACCUCUAGCCUGGCUCGCUGCAGUCCCUUUGCAGGAGCCCGAGGGUCUCGGUGCGACCCAGACCCCCACCUGCCCGCGAGUGUGGUGUCAGCACCGCAGCUGUCUGCUCUGCCAGCGAGCCGCCUGGACACGCUCCCUGCGGGCCGCGCCGCCCUGCUGCAGCCUUGAGGCCAGGCUGCCAUGUGCUCCUGUUGGAGCAGCUGCCCCGGCACCUCCCCACAGGACAGGCUUGGGGGGCUUGUUCUGGGACGGGGCGAGAGACGCAGGACAUGUUUCGUGACCUCGGCCACCAGUACACCGAUGCCAGCCUCUGGUGCUCGCCUGGGGGGCUGUGAGAGACACCUCGGAAACCCAGCCCCUGCCUGCACCCAGUGGUUCCCGGAGAGCGGGGUUGCCUGCCCACCCUCCCUGCACGGCCAGAGGGAGAUUCGUGAACAAGUCUCAUCUGAGGGCCUCCGGAAAGUCGCGUCCGACCUCCUGGGCUGAGUCUCCUCUGCGCCAGCUCCCACGGCGAGGCGGUGAAGCCGGGCAGGAGGGGUCUGGGGAGCAUGAGUGCAGCUCUCCCAUCUCAGGCCUGGUGGGGCCGGGCACUGGAGGGUGUUGGGUGAGCCGGGCACUGCGUCCCUCGGGGAGGACUGCUAAGUGGCUUGCUGGUCUGUUCCUGGGCAGAUGUGUGGCGGUGCCCUGGCACCUGCUUGGUGAGGAGGGUGCCGCUGUGCGACCCUGUCAUCACUGGGCCCCACCCCUGCCCUAGCCUCUCUGUUUUGUGCUUGCAUUUGUAGCAUUUACUUUAUUGGUCAGUGAUGCCCCAGAAUGCUGGGGGUGGGGGUGGGGGU